CAUGGCCUGGCUGGUGAGCAGAAUGACCGGUCUUUAUAACUAUGACCCUCUGGUGUAUGAUUGAGUAGGUAUGAUUGAUGCUACACCUAUUGAGGCUAAGUUACCGUCGUAUCAAUCCGGUGACUAAGUCUGGCUGGCCGGGGCGGUAACCUUGAAGCAAACUGAACUCCCCGGUCGGCACUUUCGGUUGGGCUACAACACCACAACACCACCACCACACUACCACGGUCGUCGUCGUCGUCAUCAUCAUCAUCCCCGAUUCUACUCCCCGACCCAUGGCCACCACUACCCCACUCACCGGGGGCUGCUUAUGCCAGAAGAUCACCUACCGUGUGGAUCUUCCUCCCACCGAACCCGCCCCCAAGAUCAUCCUCUGCCACUGCACCAGCUGCAAGCGCUACACCGGCUCCGCCUUCUCCUCCAACCUCAUCGUCCCCGCGGCCGCCCUGGUCUUCACCACCGACACCCCCAAGCUGUACCUCGGCCACAGCGACCGCGGACCCCCCGUGCGCCGGCAAUUCUGCGCGGACUGCGGCACCCCCUUCACCUCGCAGCCGGGAGACAACGACGAGAUCAUCAUCCUCAAAACGGGGACGUUGGACGAGGCGAGUCGCGUGCGCUGCGGGGAGGUGGGGCUGGCGAUCUGGGGGCGGAGUAAGGAGGCGUGGCUGGACCAGAUUGGCCGGGUGCGGUGCUUGGAGACGAGUAUGGGGUAGAGUUUGAGGGGUCUCAUAGAGUAGUAGAUUGCACAUAAAGUAAAGUUUAGCGAGAAUGCACAUAGGGUCGAGAUGAGAUGGGAGGCUCGAGCUCGUAUUUACAGUACGUGAGAGGGGAUGGGUAUGUUGUUAGCCAGCCCGGGUCUGUACCACUCGGUCCCGCUGGCAGGCAUGCAGUGCCACAGUGCCUUCCAUCAUCUAAGUAUAGGUAUUCGCUAAUUC